CACUGUGGCAGCUGCCUCUGGAGGCGGGUUCACUCUUUGACAGGCAGCAUGCCGGCCCGCGGGCUGGAAUGUCGCUGAGGGGAGGCGGUGCCUACUCCUGACAAGCAGCACCUUUGGCCAAUACGAUUAAGGCGCUGUCGAUGGGAGUUGAGACCUAUGUUUGACAGGCAAUCAGGGGGCCCAAUGGGCCGAGGCAGGAAAGGGGCUGAUUCUGGAAGUCAUUACGCCACUGCCGCAGGGUGGAGGCUGUUUAGCGGGGCCUGCUGGGUGGCAGCGGUACGCAAUUUGCGUAUCUUUCACCAUUGAAGGGGGUAACACCCCAGGGCCCGUGAGGCCCCUUGGGCCCCCCCCAUUUUUCCUGGCCCUAUAGGUCACCAGAUCCUGUUAGGUCUUCGGGGCCUCUGGGUCCCACCCCUCUCCUGCCUCCGUUAGACCCCAAGUCCCUCUCAGGGCCCCUAGUAGCCCUCUUCACCCCUCUCUGGUCUCCCCUCGGUCCUCUAAGGCCUCCUGCCCUGCUAGGCUCCUCUAGGGCCCUUUUGGGUUCCCAACUCCUUGUCAGGCCCCCCAGCCCCAGUUCCUCUCAGGCUUCCUGCACUUCCAACGCCCCUCUAGGGCCCUUUGCCCCCCUCCCGCCCCCAGCCCUUGUCAGGCCUCCAGAGCUCCCAUUUCCCCUCAGCCCCGUCACUCCAUAGCCAUGGCAUCGCCCCUGGCCCCCCCAGCGAAGAAGCGUAAGAUGAACUUCUCGGAGCGGGAGGUGGAGAUCAUCGUCGAGGAGCUGGAACGAGGCAAGCACCUGCUCAUCAACCACUUCAACGCGGGGGUCCCACUGGCCACCAAGGCCGCUGCCUGGCAUGACAUCUUGCGCCGCGUCAACGCCGUGGCCACCUGCCGCCGCGAGCUGCCGGAGGUCAAGAAGAAGUGGUCAGACCUCAAGACUGAGGUGCGGCGUAAGGUGGCGCAGGUUCGGGCUGCUAUGGAAGGAGGUGGUAUAGGGCAGGAUGGAACCGGCGAGGGCCAGGACAGCGAGGACCCGACUGGUGCCACAGCCACCCCUGUCAUACUCACCCCCAUGCAGCAGCGCAUCUGCAACCUGCUGGGAGAAGCCACCAUCAUCAGUCUGCCUACUGGGGACUGCACUGCUGGGGAUGGUGCUGAGAUACCCAUCGCAGCCUCCACCACCACUGUCACCCUGACCCAGAUCCCUGCGGAGACAACUUACCAUAGUCUGGAGGAUGGAGUGGUGGAAUACUGCACGACAGAAGCUCCCACAACUGUUACUGCUGAAGCACCCUUGGAGAUGAUGGCACAUCAAGCUGAGGCAUCCGUGAAACCCCAGGAGCUGAAAAGCCGAAUUGCCCUGAAUUCAGCCAAGCUCCUGCAGGAGCAGCGAGUGACCAACCUACAUGUGAAGGAGAUCGCCCAGCACUUGGAACAGCAGAAUGACCUGCUGCAGAUGAUCCGUCGUUCUCAGGAGGUUCAGGCAUGUGCACAAGAGCGUCAGGCGCAGGCUAUGGAAGGGACCCAGGCUGCUCUGAGUGCCCUUAUCCAGAUCUUACGCCCCAUGAUCAAGGACUUCCGUCGAUUCCUGCAAAGUAAUACACCCAAUCCUUCGGUAACUGCUGACCCCAGCCAUGUGGCCCAGAAUGGGCAACAAGAUGACAUCAUCCAAUGAAAUAAGGACCAACUGGACUCUUCUCUCAAAAAAGCUACAUUUGCUACUGUUGGACGCACUGGGUCAGAGAUAGGAGGAACGAGAUCUGCUCUCGUCAUUGUGGAUUGGUUGAGUUCCCGUCCUCUGGGGUCAAAAGCUGUUCCUGGACAGCAUCCUUUUCUGUGAUGAUCCUGCACUAUCUGCUUCUGUGGACUCAACAUCCAGGAUGGCAGUCAGGAUGUGUGAUUAAACUUGGAAGUUAGUGUUGUUGGAUUUGGUUUCUUUUUUUAAAAAGAGAAAUAUUUUUUCCAUAUAGAUUUCUAAAAAGACAAUUAUUUUUAUUUCUAUCUUUAAAAAAAAGGCUGUAUGUCUUGGGAAGAGGUGUUAAACUGGCUUCUAACACACGGAGGGGCUUGCAGUCAUGGCUCAUCUUUGAAGGUGCCCAGAUACUACAGAGGAGCUAAUGCAGUCCAGUCUCUUGCUGGACACUUGUAGAGUAAUAAUAUGGUACCUGAGCUGUUGCAGCCACAUCUCUGUGCUGGAGGUUUGUGGAUGCUGCUCUUUGAGGGUGAAAGUCACCCCUGUGUAGAGGACCAGCACAAGGCCUGUCCACAACCUGAAUCCCACAGAAGUCCCACUUUAGCUCUCAAAAUAGUGGUGCAUAGACCUCAUGCUGGCCUUCGGCACUGGUAAAUUUCAUCUGAAGCUAGCAGAGGUGUUUUUACAUGUGUAUUAAAUGUCUCAAAACAGUACUUAAGGAAAUGAAUAAAUAUGAAUUUCAUUCAGGUAGGUUUACAUACAGAUGAAAUCAAUGGACUAGGUACUGCAGUAUAGUUUGAAACCUGUACAGUCUGUUGGCACAACAAGGUGGGGAAAAUAUGGAGUUUUCAGCAGAGCCAUAACUCUAAAAGUCUUUGCUUGUGUGAGUUUGUCAACUAUUUGCUAUGUCAACAGUAUGGGGAGGUUGGUUUUUGUUUACAGUUUGUCAUUUGUUUUGUAUUUUUAAGACAUUAAUAACAAAUUCUGUUGUCUUUAGUCAAUAUGCCAUUGACUUCAGCAGGCAUCUUGACUGCUUAAGGACUGUGGAAUUUGGCCCCAAAUCUUUUUCUUAAGAUUAUAUUGGGAAAAAAAUUAUCCUUCACACCUCUUAUCCUUCCUCCUUUUUGAGCUGUUCUGGCUUUUGGGGCCAGGAACUAAGUAAGACCACUUAGUUUCAUGGGAAGUUGACUUGAUAGCAUGAAUGUGAUUAUUAUAAAUAUGCACCAACUUCAUAAGUGAAAUUUUUUUUAUUUCAGAUGAAAAGCUUCACCUCUACAUGUGUAGAAGAUGAUUGAUUUCUUUACAAAAAAUAAUUUCAUUGUUAAUGUCUUCCUCUUGCUCCUCUACACUCCACUUGCAGAACCAGUGUGUCAAAAUUACGGAUUAAUACUUGCCAAAUAUUACUGUCAAAAUGGAACUUUUUUAUGCUGAGUUAAAUGCUGUUGAACUCUCUGUAGGGCUGAGAAGCAGUGAGCUGAAAUUCAUGAUGGAAUGAAUUUGCACAAUGAAAUUAUAAUCCCCUGAAUAUGUCUUUCUAUAAUGGAAAUAUUGAUGGGGCUCUUAACCAGACCAGUACAUGGGAUAUUGCUAUAUUUAAUAACCUUUAUUGUAUUGGUAGUUCAGCUGUCUCUUGGAAGGAGGAGGAAGGGCUAAUGAACAGUGUUGUUUGAAAGCUUUGGCCCAUGGAAGAUCCUUGACCCCUCCAUUCCGUCUUCCACUCCGAGUCAGGACAACACCAUCAAUGGCUUUCCCACCUUGUUCACCAUCUAACCACAUCAGUACAGUUUUCUUGGCUUGUUUCUCUCAAACCCUGUGGAACCAAAUCAGUGACUCAGCUGCAGUUUAUUUUUAAAACAGACACUGCAUCCUGUCUAUUUGGUUUUACCUCACUUGUGAAUAUGAAUACCAAUAUGAAUUUUUAAUAAAAUCUUUUUUUUGGUAAA